AUGAGUGUUAAGCUUUCUGAUUCUGAAAGACUUGCUGAAAGGUAUAUUGAAACAAAAAAUUAUAUGGUUGAAGAACAAGGAUUACUUAUUGCUCUUUUAAAUAAAUAUUAUGAAAUUCAAGUUAAAUUACCAAGAAAAAAAUCAUCUAAAACAGCAAACCUUGUUCGGGUUGUUGCUAUUGGAGAUGGAAAUGAUAUAAUUGAUUUUACUAAAACUGUGGAAGAUAUUUGCAAAUGUAAAAUGUAUUUUGAUGAACAUAAUGGAGUAAGUGAAAAAACUGCUUAUAGGCGGUUUACAAAUAAUAAAAUAUCUGAAGCUCAUCAUUAUUUAAUGGAUUUACUUCGUCUUCAUGGGUAUUUCUACAAUAGUUAUUAUUCUUCUGGUAAAAACCAUAGUAAUAAAACUGAAACGUUUACUGAUAUUUUUAAAGAAGGAAAACAUUUGUUUGGAUUACAUGACAUUGUACAAAAAGGUAUUGAAAUUAAUGAAUGGAUGCAUUCAGAAUUAUCUUCUAAUGAUUUGUUAUUUUUAUCAAAAAAUGAUACUAUUCUUCAAUCGUUUAUUAAUUAA